UUGUGGUGUUUAUAUCGUUCUAAUUCGAAAAGUAUUGCAUUUAUAUACAUCUAUCAAGAAAUGGAUACUAUACGAUCGCAACUCGCCGUGAAGAAUCAGUGCGAACACCUGCAAAAAUCAAUCAAAGAGCUAUACGAUUGGGAAGAACAAAUAAAAAAGCCAUUGGCUGUGUCUCAGCCAGUUGAGAGUACUUCCCUCCCUCCUGUUCGUAGCAACGCCAGCGCAAUGAAUGAAUUCUAUAAGAAUAAGAAAACUACAGAAAAACUAGAUCGGACGGAUGAAGCUGUUGACCAAAUGCAGUUGGCCGAUGCAGAGGUUCUAAAGGACCGAGGAAAUAAACAAUGCAAACUUGGAAACUACCGUGAUGCUAUUAAGUUGUAUUCAGAAGCUAUCGAGAUUUACGAAGAUAAUCCGAUAUACUACAGCAAUAGAGCUCUGUGCUACAUGAAUAUUGAACUGUACGAGAAUUGCCUUGCGGACUGCAACAUCGCCCUUCAGAAAGAUCCGAAGAACGUUAAGGCAUACUACAGACGAAUGCAGGCUUACGAAAGAUUAGGAGAGAACGCAAAAGCUAUCUCCGAGUGUCGAAAGAUACUGAAUAUUUCUCAAGAUGAUAACGAACGCAAUGUAACCAAACGAGACAUGGCAAGGAUUGAAAAGCGCUUAGCGGAACAACAAGCGGCGUGGGCUGGAAAAGGAAAAGAAUCAGUUGGCGGGCCGGAUUCAACACUAUCAUUAGUAAAGAAGGAAGCGGACAAGUACAAAGAGCUUGGUAAUAAGCUUCUCGCCGAAAAGCAAUUCCAGAAAGCAGAAACAUGCUACACAAAGGCUAUUUCAAUGUUCGAGAAUGAAGCAAUAUUCUACACAAACCGCAGUAUUUGCCAUUGGCAUCUGAAAAACUAUGAAAACUGCUUGGCGGAUUGCAAUAAAGCAAUCAUGUUGGAUGGAAGCUACUUCCGGCCCUACUAUCGACGCAUGCUGGUGCGCGAACAUCUAGGCUCAUUCCAAGGUGCUAUAGAGGAUUGCAUGAAAUUUCUCGAUCUUGCGAAAGACGACAAACAAAAAACAACUGCAAUGAAAGAUCUAGUGCGAUUGGAAAAACUAAUGAAAAGCGAAAAACCUGCCAAACAGGCAUUUGUGUGGAGUCAAGUAAAAAAAAAUGCAAAGCCUACUAAAUUCAUUCAGAAGCCACCUCACUUACGAUCGAAGGUAGCUUUGAAACGGAUCCCCAUAGAGGACAUAAAUCAAAAUCCUGUGACGGCACCAGCAUCAUACGGUACCAGUGUAAAACGUGAGCCCGUACCAGAUGCGAUUAUUGACAAAAUAUUCAACAAUAACACUGGCGAACAGUUGAUGGAGCCCGAGGAGAGUACCAUUCUCGAACAUCUUUUUCCUGUGCACUCCAAUAAGCUCAAAAAUCUCUUUUCAUCGUCCAAAACUCUCAGUGAUCAAAAGAAACUAUUAUCUCCUUCAAUUUCCAAUAUCAAAGAAUCAGUAAGCGAUACAAAAACUACAAUUGACGCAAAAAGUUUUAUUGACUCACCAACAAACGAUAAAAUAGAAUGUGAUAAAAUCAACCAAGAAACCCAGGUCUCCGAGCCGAAAAACGUUAUAUCUCCAACAAAUUCUAUGCUUUCAAUUCCCAAUUCGAUUGGCCAAUUCUACACUACUUGGAGCGGUUUGAACGAGGAACACAAAUAUCUAUACUUAAAGCUUCUAAAGGAUGUACCAUUGAACAAGCUCUUCGGAGCCGGAUUAUCGAACGAGAUGCUAGGUGAAUUACUGUACAUUAUGCAAACACGGUUUAUUCCUGACAAGAUCGACGUGACAAAUAUCAUGCUGGAAAUUGCGAAAAAUGAAUGUGUAAACAUUCUUUGCUUACUUCUUAACUGUAAUGAUCGAAAAGCUAUCAAUGAAUUGCUCAAGUACAUGGAGACACAAAAUGCAAGCGAAAAAGAUGUCCAACACAUUCGAACGAAAUUUUUUCGAGACUAAAUAGAAAGAAAACAGCACAGUUCCAACAUUGGAGGUCGAAAUAAAAACGUCUAAGGCUAAGAAAAAAAAGUUAUCAACGAUGUUCUUAAUAAAGUGUUGAUCAAGUAAUCAGAUAGAUGCACAAUAUCAGUCAUCAUGAAUGAAUGCAACUCAUAAUGAAAUACUAAUAAAUACCUUUUUGAACACAGUG